ACAUAUGAGGAGGCAAUGCCUACUACUCCCGGAUAUAUUAUAAGUAUCCUCUUAACUGUUGCCAUAUCUUCAUUGCUGUUCGAGCGAAGCAGACUCACAGAAUAUUUCUGAGACAGAAAGACUUCAAGCCAGUAUCAAAACCCAAUAACCAACCCUGAUUCACUAUGGAAGACCAGACUGAAAAUACUUUAAGGAAACUUAUCCCUCAGAAAUGGGCUUUGAGUUACUCAACACCAAAAGGGGAUGAAGAAGGAGUUGACAAUCAAAGGGGUAAAUACGAGGAAGAUGAUGGUUCAAGGAGGAGUGAUGAAGGAUAUUGUAGUGUUAUUUCAGAGAGAGAAUCAGCAGUGAAGGCCAUAUCUGGAGACAAAGAAAGCACAAAAGAAACUGAAAAACAAAUAGUUGCUAAAAUACAGAGGAUUCGUCUUCAAUAUGAUCGCUGCAUGAUGUUUAUGGAGCAUAUAGUUAAGGAGAGCAAACAUUAUGAAAGUCUGGGGUUAAGUGCCAAUCGUAUUUUAGAAAAGGUCAAAGAGAGACUUGGAAUUUUGCUGAAAUAUACUAAAGAACAGAAUAUUUCUAUUGAGCAGGACCUCGAAUGGUUUCAACAAAGACUCUUUGACAUUUAUGUCACCUGUAACCCAUACAACCACAAGACCAUUGAACCAGCAAAAGUAACCACGAAAUUUCGGCCGCUUCAGCCAGUUGUGACCAGAGAAGUAAAUAUUGAGGAAUCUGGAGAAGAAUUUGAAGAAAUCCCAAUAAUAUCCAAUAUUGUCAUCAUAGAGGAGGGAGUGAUGACAUAUUCCCACCUUUGUAAGACAAUAAGUUUAGUAACAAGAGACAGUGACAGAAUUGAUGUCCAUUGUCCAUCUUCUGUGACCAGUUUCACCAGAAUCAGUGAAGACAUGGUUCUGGCAACCCUCCCCUUCCAAGAAAUGAUUCUUAUUAUCAGCCCCAAAACCUUAAAGAUCAAAAGGAUACAGUUGGGGUUACAUAUGGUGAGUUACUUGGAAGAUUCUACACUUAUAGGUGUAGAAAUGUUUGGUAAGACAGUUUACCAAUUUGAUUGGGAGGAUAAUACCAUAAACUAUCAAUUUAUUACCAAAGAAACCCCUACAGAUAUUGCUGUAGGGGUCCAGAAUAUACUUGUAAUUACAUUCGCCAGCAUCAACAGAGUAAUCUGUUACAAACUGGAUGGCCAACAGAUAUGGGAGGUAGAGACCCAUUCUCUGCACCUCCCAAGUAAAAUCUCUCUCUACCAAAAUUAUUUCUAUGUCCUCCAGGGACAAAUAAUUUAUAGGAUUUCAGCUAAAGGUGGUGUGACAAGGAGGGACAUUGGCAGGAAAUGCCGCUCUAUUUCUGUUGGUAAAGAUACCAUUUUGGUAACAGAUUAUUGCGGCAAACCACAUGGUAUUCAAAUGAAUAAAGACUUUUGGCCCAAACUGUCAUACAACCACCAGCUACAUACCCCCAGUUUAAAAGACUAUAUUGAUAUUGAGGAUUGCUACAACAUUACAAAUAUUCUACCUAUGUCUACAUCUUCUAUAUUAAUAAUUUACAAAAACAAGAAAGCUAAAGUAUUCACUGAUAACGGGGAAAUAAUUAGCCAAAAUAAUUCAGUUUUCCUUGAGCUUCCUUCUUUCUGUUGUAGAAUAAACGCAAACAGAUUCCUGGUAUUUUAUCCUGAAAUGAAAGGAUUUCAGUAUAUCACCUGUCCUGAACUAAGAAAAGGCCCUUUAAUAAAGGUGCAAACUGGUUACAUGAAAAUAUGUCAUAUUGUAUCAAAUAAGUGUCUAGCUGUGACCACCACUGAAAACAAAAGUGAGGUCCAUAUCCUCUUGAUCAACGAAGGUAAAGUUGACAUUGCAGAAAGAAUUUCUCUGGGACAUCAUAAUGUCAGCAUUGCUGCAACUCCAAUUAAUUUUGUAGUCAUAGAUGGAAACGAAAAUAAAAUGGUAUUUUAUUCCACAUGUGGAUGGGACUGGGAGAAUGGAAACAUUAAGAUAUUCACAUUGGAUGGUCACCUUAUGGAUUCAAUCAAAGUGAAUGUUUAUUGUAAUAUGAAAAUGUGUCGAUGGCAGUCAAACACACUGGUCAUUAUGACUUGGGAUCGUUUUAAUAAACACCAACUGUGGACAUUAAAAGUGGAAUUUCCAUUGUCGUUG